AUGUCUCAUACACCCCCAAGACUACCCGCGAAUCUUCAUGUCCAACACGUAGCCUUCGCCGCGCCCUACCAACGUCCAGUAUCCCGCACAUCGUCAAGGGCCACGUCGAGGGAGUCUGUGCCUCACAGUACGGCCAAGAAGAAGCCCCAGGGGAAAUUAGAGGCUCCGGACGACUUCCUCAGCGACCUUGACUCCGAGGACGAUAUGGGGGACAGCAGAUCGCCUCUCCACAGGCCUGCGGAUGGUCACUCGCAUCAGCCGCUGCUGGGGAAAGACGACGAGGAUAGAGGGAGGACGGGGUACGACAAUGCGCCGGAUUCGCCUGGGGGUGAGAGGCCACCUUUCCCUAGGCGGUCGACAAUGAGGAGCAGGAGUCCGGAUACACAAGCUAAGCUGGCGACAAGGAAGAAAUACACUUACGCGGCGUUCUUUUUGGGGUUGAGCUUGGUCAGUUUUGUGAUUCAGACGGAGACGGCGGUUUAUAUCCAGCAUGAGUUGGGGUGGAAUAAGGCUUAUUGCAUGCUAUAUUUUACACACGGGUCCUGGUCUUUACUAUGGCCAUCCCAGCUCCUGAUCCUCCGACUCCAAAAUUGGAAGAUGCCCUGGGAAACCUUCUGGCGUAGACACAUCUACCUUGUGCGAACAACCGCACAAAUGGUCGAGACGCAGGAACUAUCGGUGCCUCGGAACCAACACUCACCUGUGCCAUACAUGCUCCGAAAGACAGCACUGGUAACUUGCGCCUUGACAGUAGCAGGUGGCUCCUGGUACGUGGCAGUUAACCUGACUUCGCCAUCAGACUUGACAGCAAUCUACAAUGCCUCUGCUUUCUUCGCCUAUGCUUUCUCCGUGCCCCUUCUCAAAGAGAAAUUGCGCUUGGAUAAGUCAUUUGCAGUAGCAGUAGCCAUCAUCGGAGUCCUUAUCGUCGCUUACGGAGACGCGGCCCCAACGAAGCACGGCGGGAAGUCCGGCGGUUCAGUAGGCGGUGGAGAUCCGAGCCAGGAAGCUAGUAACCGCGUAGCCGGAAACCUCAUUAUCGGCGUUGGCAGCGUUUUAUACGGCUUCUACGAGGUCCUGUACAAGAAACUCGCCUGUCCACCGGAAGGGACCAGUCCAGGCCGCGGUAUGGUAUUCGCCAACACAUUCGGCUCCCUGAUCGGCACGUUCACCCUGCUCGUCCUCUGGAUCCCUCUCCCGAUCCUGCACAUCACUGGAAUCGAGAAGUUUGAAUUCCCGCGCGGAGAAGCAGCGUGGUUGCUCAGCAUCUCCGUGCUCGCCAACGCCACCUUCUCCGGCUCUUUCCUCGUCCUGAUUUCCCUGACCAGCCCCGUGUUGAGCAGUGUAGCCGCGCUCCUCACCAUCUUCCUCGUCGCCAUCGUAGACUGGGCAUGGACGGGAGUCCCGCUGAGCCCAGCCGCCAUCUUGGGCGGGCUUUUGAUCAUCGCAGCCUUCCUGCUGCUGAGCUGGAGUACGUACCGCGAGAUGCGGGAGGAGACCAGAAGAAAGUCGGUUGAUCUCAGCGACGAGGACAGCGAGAUUGGGGCCUAG